CAGUAUUUGCCCUUUAUAAACACCAUAUUUGAAAACGUCUGUAAACGUUUUUUUUUUUCAGAAAUGACAAUAAAAAUAAAUAUUUAAUUUAUGAUAACGUACUAUUCAAACAGGGUCUAAUUAUUCCGUGAUGGUGAAACAGUAUUAUUUGUCAAAAACAAUAGAAAGGUGAGUUGAGUGACUAAAACAAAAGAGAAACUUUUGAUAAAAUCUAAAAAUGGCAGAGACUACCGGCGAUCAGUCCCACUCAAUAAAGUUACCACCUGCAGUUGAAGUAUUUGCAAAUUUAAAAAACGCACAAAAAUUUGCGAUUGACAUAGGUGUUUCGUUGACCAAAAUAGCAUACUAUUCGACAAUUAGUUAUCGCAAGGCAUUAUACGAUAAUAUUGGUUUGGGAAAUACUGGAGAACGAGCAUACAAAGUAUUUGAAGGAAAUAGACUCCACUUUGUUAAAUUUGAAACAAGACAUUUUGCGAACUGCUUGGAUUUUGUUAAAGAAAAUUUAGUAAAUGUUGAGCAAUUUCAUGGAAAAAGUAUUAAAGUAACAGGAGGUAGAGCUUAUAAAUAUACACCACUCUUACAGGAAAAGCUAGGUUUAAUAGUUGACAAAGAAGAUGAAGUACGCUGUCUAAUAAAGGGUUGUAAUUUCUUACUGAAACAUAUACCGUGUGAGGCAUUUGAAUUUGAAAGACAUGGAAAUCCUGAAUAUAAAUUUCGAAAAACAGGUCCUAAUAUUUUCCCUUAUAUGCUUGUUAACAUUGGAAAUGGAGUUAGCAUUUUUAAAGUACAAUCAGAUGAAAUAUUCGAAAGAGUUGGUGGUACAGCUACAGGUGGAGGUACAUUUUGGGGAUUAGGCUCAUUACUUACUAAUGGAAAGGACUUUGAUGAAUUGCUGCAACUUGCAGAACGAGGAGACCAUCGUAAUGUAGAUAUGCUGGUAAAAGAUAUUUACGGAGGUGAUUAUACUUCCCAAGGAUUAUCAGGAGAACUUAUUGCAUCGUCUUUUGGAAAGGCAAUGUUUGAUAGCAACAACCGUGUAGAACAAAAAUUCUCAGAAGCUGAUAUUGCAAGAAGUCUCUUGCUAACAAUAAGCAACGACAUCGGACAAAUAGCUAGUUUGUAUGCGACUCUACAUAAUAUGGAUAAAGUAUAUUUUGGAGGCUAUUUUCUUCGAAACCAUCCUCUUUCAAUGUAUACUAUUUCUUAUUCCAUCAAGUAUUGGUCCAAUGGGAAAGUUAAACCACUUUUUCUUCGUCAUGAAGGAUACCUUGGAGCAAUUGGUGCAUUUCUAUAUGGUGCAGAACAGCCAGAUGAACAUAGUUGGUUAGAAAAUUAUGCUGGUUCUUCUGGUUUUAAAGAUUCAAUACCUUCUGAUCUUGGAAUUAAAGUAGAACAAUUAGAAAUUGAUCAAAUUGAACAUGCUGUUACAUUCUGUCCAUUAUUAAAAGAUCCAACAUUGUAUAAUCCAGACACAACAGAUCUUGUUGAAGAUAAAGAAGCUAGAGAUUAUUGGCUUCAAUGUUUUGAAGAAUUUGUUGAUAAAUGUGUUGCGAAAGCUAUUCUCAGCCAACCCCAAAAUCCUACAGCAAAAGAUAGAGCAACAAAAUUAAAAGAAAAAUAUAUAAAUAGAUUGCAUUACCUCAAUUUGCAACCUUUUGCAUAUGGAAUUCUUACUGUAAGAACAUUGCUGGAUACUAUUGAACAUUGUAUGAAAGAAUUUGAUUUCCCAGAUCCUUACCUAUAUCAAAAAAAGAAAGAAAAUGAGGAGGCAUUAAAACAUUUGAAAGAUCGUAUAACUGUAUUAGACAACUUGGAUGGAGUAGAAAAAAUAAGAGCUUUAAUAUUAGGAGUUCUUAGUGGUAACAUGUUUGACUGGGGUGCAAAAGAUGUUGCAACUCUGAUGGAAACUACAGACUUUGGUUUUAAGGAAGCACAAGAAAAAAUUCCUGGUAGACCAUGGUUAGUGGAUAAUUUAGAUGAAUGGAUAAAUAGACUACAAAAUAAUGUUGUCCAUAAAUGUGCAGCUAUUUUUGUUGAUAACAGUGGUGUAGAUAUUGUUCUUGGAAUUUUACCAUUUACACGUGAUUUAUUGCAACGAGGAACCAAAGUUAUUUUAUGCGCUAAUUCUAUGCCAGCUUUAAAUGAUGUGACUUAUCCAGAAUUAGUUGUUAUAUUACAAGAUGCUGCUAAAAUUUCUAAAGUAAUUAAAAAAGCUUUAAAGGAGAACAGAUUACUUGCUAUGGAGACUGGUCAAGCUGGACCUUGUUUAGAUUUAAGUCGACUAAAUUUAGAUUUGUGCCUUGCAAUGGUCAAACAUAACGUCGAUCUCAUAGUCAUUGUUGGAAUGGGUCGUACACUUCAUACUAAUCUUUAUGCUAAAAUGAAAUGUGAAUGUUUAAAACUAGCAGUUAUUAAAAACCGAUGGUUAGCUGAACGAUUGGGUGGUGAUAUGUAUGCUGUAAUAUGUAAGUAUGAAAAAGCACCACAAAAAACCAAAAUUUGUGAUAUAGAUUUAAAUAUAAUUGAACAACAAGUCUGUUCUGAAACUUGUAUAAAAUCAGAUGGUAGUACAUGUGUAUGUAAGACAGUAAAAUUUAAAAAUUCGACUGAAGAAUCAGCAUAAAAAGAUAAACAUAAAAUAAUUUAGAAAGAUAAUUAUAAAAAUUAUCUAUUAUAUAUAUAUAAUAUUAUUAGAAACAAAAAUGAGUGAAAUAUCACUCAUUUAAAACAUCCUGACUGAACUAUUAAUAGUAUUUCACACUAUUCGAUGAUUU